AGAACAAGCGGGGCUGUGGAAGCUGAGGAGGAACCCAGCAAACUGCAGGAGCCCAAUCCAAAUUGCGCAUGGUGUGCAACCACCACCCCCACUGACUGCUGCAAAGCUUGACACGGUACACGCCACGGAUGCCCACCAGCAUUAAUAUCGCUUGGUGGACAUCGCGCGUCAGCGUUGCGUUGAAGCCAUUGCUGUGGAAAUAUGUUCCCAUCAGCAUGAGGUGUCGGGUUUCGAGAGCAGUGCGCGUAUAGCGUCGCAUAUCCUGAGCUUGUUGUGAGUUUAUCAUACAGACGAGUUGGUGUUUCGAAGUGUGGACUCUUGGGUUUUGUACUGAACUGGGCACACAGCAGCAGGAGGAGGUCCCGCGAGCCAUGUGAUGGUGAGGAAGAGCCUAGGACAGUCCCCAUAGCUAACGGACGGCUGAAUCCGAAGCUUCUGUUAGGAUAGAUAGAAAGGUGGUUUGUGAGAGUGAUUCAUUGUCCUUCCUGUUGUUUGUGGAGUCUUGCAACCAGUGUUUGGCUGGUAGUGGAGCGGCGCCGGACGCGCCACUCGGUGAUACACCUCAACUGCAGCUCGUCAUAAGAGCAGUGAAGUGGAGGCAUUACUGCUCAACGUUUGUGAACUGGAAGGGUGACUCUGUACCCUACUGUUAUGAGUAAUCUCGACGAAGGCUAAUGUGAAGCUGUCUGGGGGAAUCGGAAGAUUAAAGGUCUGUCGCUCUUUGCAAGCUAGAUGAGUUUCAAGCUCCAACUCAGCAGACGACACUAGGCUUGCAGCCAUGGCAGAAGAAAUUAGCUGGGCCGCACCUCGCAGCGGGGCAGCCACUUCUGUGGUUCUUGCGGUGACGACGUUGCUGUGGAUAAUUGUUUUUCGAUGGCGGCAGCGGCAUCGAUUAGGGCCAAAGGAGUGGCCGAUCCUCGGAUCCGCACUGGAGAUAACUAGCCAUUUUGGAGAUAUGCACGAUUGGCUCCUCUCGUACUUCGAAAAAGGACUCAAAACGUUUCGCGUUGUAAUACCAGGAGUCGUGUACACCUACACUGUUGAUCAAGCAAAUGUUGAGUACAUUCUUAAGACCAACUUCGCAAAUUUCCCCAAGGGAGAGUUAUACCACAGACACAUGGAGACUCUGCUCGGCAGUGGAAUCUUCAACGUAGAUGGGGAAGAGUGGCGCCAGCAAAGGAAGACGGCGAGCUUCGAGUUUGCGUCUCGAAUUCUCCGCGAUUACAGCACAGUGGUGUUCCGCAACAACGCUGUCAAGCUCGCUGAAAUCAUUGCAAGAAUGUCCCAAACCCAGGAACCCAUCGAAAUGCAGGACCUGUUCAUGCGGCUCACACUAGAUGGGAUCUGCACGGUGGGAUUCGGCGUUGAGAUUGGCACGUUAUCACCGUCUUUACCAGCAGUGCCGUUUGCAACCAACUUCGACAAUGCUAAUGAAGCAGUGACGUACAGGUUUUUCGACCCCAUAUGGCCACUCAAGCAGCGUUUGAACAUUGGCAACGAGGCCGUGUUGGCCCGCAGUGUAAAAGUGGUGGACGAUUUCACUUACAAAGUCAUUCAAACUCGUCGUACAGAGCUGCAAUACAUCAGCUCGCAGGGUAAAGAGAUGAAAGCAGAUCUGUUGUCCCGUUUCAUUCUAAUGGGAGAGAACUCCGAGGAAAGCUUAACUGACAAAAUGUUGCGUGAUGUGAUACUCAAUUUCAUCAUCGCUGGAAGGGAUACUACAGCGGUAACUUUAUCAUGGUUCGUCUACCUCUUGUCAACCCACCCAGAGGUUGCGGACAAGGUUUAUGAGGAACUUCGUCAUCUUGAGGAAGAAACGACGAUCGAUGAGAGCUGGACCCUAAACCAAAGAAUUAUACAACAGGCAUCACUUCUUACGUAUGACGCUCUCUCCAAGCUGAAUUACCUUCACGCUGCCAUUACAGAGACCGUCCGCCUUUAUCCGGCUGUGCCUCAGAACCCGAAAGGAAUAUUGGAAGACGAUAUUCUUCCAGAUGGGACACUGGUGAAGAAAGGAGGGCUUGUAACAUACGUACCUUACGCUCAGGGCCGCAUGAAGGAGCUCUGGGGCAAGGAUGCUGAUGAGUUUCGGCCUGAAAGAUGGCUCAAAGAUGGCAUCUUCAUCCCUGCUUCUCCAUCGAAAUUCCCUGCUUUCCAGGCUGGACCCCGGAUCUGCCUUGGGAAGGACUCGGCAUACUUGCAAAUGAAGAUGGCUAUGGCAGUGCUGUGCCGAUUUUUUAAGUUCAAGUUGAUGCCAGGUCACGUUGUGAAGUAUCGAAUGAUGGCCACUCUUUCAAUGCAAAAAGGGGUACGGGUGUACGUGAGUGGGCGUGAUGUAUAAAUAACGAGGUUUCUAUUCGCAUUACCCUCACCUUGGAUAUUCUAAUUACUGUUACAUUCGAUAGCAUAGCUAGACAAUUUCUCAUUCGCCAAAACCGUAGGAUUAGUUUAAAUGUAAAUUAGUACUGGAAUAAGAUGCCGUCCCGAAUAAUAAGUAUUCUUUGCAUUGAGAAUUUCAA